AUGAAGGUCGGUCUCCUUGCCUCGACACUCUUGGCCGUUGCCAGUCUGGUUCAAGGUGAUCGAAUGCAAAGUACACUUCAGCUUCCAGUCCCUGCACAGAAUGAGAAAGCAGAGGUUGACGCGGUCACGCCUGCACCCACGACGUACGCUCCAAUGCCGGCACUGGCACUGACUGACGUGAAUCGUCCGACGCCAGCACCGACAGAAGGGGCGACAUACACCGAUCGCACAGGUGCGAGGCACUCGACUGGAACUGCCGUCGGAGUAGCGUACAUUACCACGCGGUCAGCGUACGAGGCGGAAAAGAACGCUGGCAACAGCAACAGCACGAUACCCAUUGUGGUCAUUGCCUGUUGCGUUGGAGCGAUUGGUGCAGUGGCCGCUGCGACGAUUAUCAGCAAGCGCAGGACUGAGGCUGCUGACACCGAAGACGAGAGCGAGACGGGGUACUCGAAUGCGAUGUGUACGCCCGUGGCAACGGACAAGAGGAGCUAUUCCGGCCUUAUUGCAUUGCCCGCCGAAGUAUACGAGGUAGACUACAUUGACGAGCUGGACGAGCUGGACGACAUUGACGCACAUGCUGUGUAA